CCACCAUAUUCCCUCUUGUCGUGGGUGUACAAAGAGAGGCACGACGCAACACCAACUUUAGCACGUCGAAAACUGUCUCGUUAUUUAUCAUUCUAUACAUUGCUCGUCGGAUCCUGCUCCGGAGUCAUCAUGGCUCAAACAGUUAAGCUCGCGGAAUACCUGUUCCAGCGAUUGGUCCAACUCGGAAUUGGUUCCGUUCACGGUGUACCUGGCGACUUCAACCUCACACUCUUGGACUACGUCGAGCCUGCAGGGUUGAAUUGGGUCGGCAACGCGAACGAACUCAAUGCUGGCUAUGCGGCAGACGCAUAUGCACGCAUCAAGGGCAUAUCAGCUCUCAUCACAACCUUUGGAGUUGGGGAACUGUCAGCUAUCAACGCUAUCGCUGGAGCAUACGCUGAACGGGCGGCACUUGUCCAUAUUGUUGGCACGCCUCCGCGAGCAACACAAGAUGGAAGGGUGUUGGUACAUCACACAUUUGCCGACGGCGACUUCACUCGGUUUGCUCAGAUGAGUAAGCAUGUCACCGUCGCCCAGGCAAGCCUGAGGGAUUCAAGGACCGCUCCGGAGCAAAUAGAUCAAAUCCUUGUCCAGUGUCUAUUGCAUUCAAGACCGGUCUAUAUCGAGGUUCCGGUGGAUCUCGUUGGCGUCCCAGUCUUCUCUGAACGACUGCAGAAAAAGCUGGAGUUGCCAGAACCGGUUUGGGGAUCUCCACAGGAAAGCGCAAUGAAUGCCGUGUUGGAGAAGCUGCAUGCUGCAAAACAACCCAUCAUCUUGGUCGAUGGGGAGAUCCGGGCCAUGGGGGUCGUCUCAGAGCUGCAAAACCUAACCAGAAAAACGGGAUGGCCAACCUGGACCACUGGGUUUGCGAAGGGAUUGCUUGAUGAGACAGCUUCCAACUUUCAUGGGAUCUAUAGGGGAAAAUGGGAGGAAGAAACCACACGGGACUUUUUCCAACGCGCGGACGUAGUUUUGUGUUUCGGGGCACAUUUCAGCACAACAAACAGCUGGGGAGGCACCAGUCUGCCUGAAAGCGCUAACACUAUCUACUUUUCGGACACUGAGAUUCGGAUAGGCAGCCGCAUAUUCAGAGAUGUGCCCUCAAGACAAGCUGUAUCUGCGUUACUACGGACUCUCGACACCGACAAGAUCCAGCGGUACGAGCAGUACCCCAAACUUCACCAGGACCUCACUGUUUCAGUCCAAGAAACCGACCAGAGCGGGCCUAUCACGCAAGACAAGGCCUGGAAAGUCCUUGCAACCUUCGUUCGUGAAGGGGACAUCGUUAUGGGCGAAACAGGGACACCAGGCUACGGCGCACGAGAGAUGCGUCUGCCGCCGAAUACGAGGUUGUUCACACCAGUCACAUGGCUUUCUAUCGGCUACAUGCUUCCUGCAGCGCAAGGAGCAGCGUUAGCACAGCGCGAACGAUCAGCAGGCCAAAAGGCAGGUCGCACGAUCCUACUUAUUGGUGACGGCUCCUUCCAAAUGACUGUUCAAGAACUCGGCACGAUUAUUAAGGAAAACCUUAAUGUUGUUAUUUUCUUGAUCAAUAACGACGGAUACACGAUUGAGCGAUGCAUUCACGGUGUAGACGAAAAGUACAACGAUGUGGCGAGGUGGCGGUAUCUAGAAGCACUGAGUUUCUUUGGAGCCGACAAAGGCGCGUACACCGCGACCGCGAAGACUUUUGGCGAGCUCGGUGAGGUGCUGGCUGACGGAAGGUUAAGCGACGGAGAAGGUGUAAGGAUGGUAGAAGUCUUCAUGGACAAGGAGGAUGCGCCCGAAGGACCGUUGAAGGACCUGAUAGAGGCUCAAAGAGUCAAGGGAACGAAAGCCUGAGGUGUUAGAUAUUAAUGAAGCGACUCU